GGCCCCACCAUAUAAUUGCGAAGAAGAAGCUCGGAGUCGAAGACAGGAGAGUAAGAAUGGGCUCGGUGGCAGCGACGGUGGCGUCAAUGUUGUUCUCUGGUGGCUGCCGGAGCCUCGCGGUGCCUGCAGCGGGGCGCUCCCUUAGUAUCUCACGGACAGCACUUAGAAAUCACCGCAACAAGAACGCGCCGACAUGGUGCUGUCGGAGUUCACACAACAGUUACAAUGCACUCGCCACUGAAUCUGAAUUAUCAAAAACCGACUCCGAAAGCUUAACUGCUUCUACAUCUUCCGAUAGUUUCCCGAAGUAUGAUCGAUUGCUUCCAUGUCCGUUGCAAAAAACUCCACCGAGAGUUGAACACUUGGUCGUGUCCGAAGGAGGACCAGUUUUAGAACAUAUUUGCAAGGCUCUGGAACUUCCUCCUUUGUACGUUAAGGAUCUGAUUCAAUUUGGAGCUGUAUACUACGCUCUUGUUUGUCCACAGCCUCCUCCCAGUGCUACUGAAGAACAAAUUAGGGUAUUCAAAGAGGUAACGGAACCUUCGGUAUUGUGCCAAAGAGCUUCUAUCAAAGGCAAAACUGUGCGAGAGGCACAGAAAACUUUCCGUAUAACUCACGCGGAUCAAUUUGUUGAGCCUGGAACGUAUUUGCGAGUCCAUGUGCACCCCAAACGCUUUCCUAGGUGUUAUGAGAUUGACUGGAGAUCAAGGAUCAUAGCUGUGGCGGAAUCCUAUGUAGUUUUGGAUAAACCUGCUGGUACAUCAGUAGGUGGCACCACUGACAACAUUGAAGAAAGUUGUGCAACCUUUGCUACUCGUGCCUUGGGAUUGACAGCCCCUUUGAUGACUACUCAUCAAAUUGAUAAUUGCACUGAAGGCUGUGUGGUGUUGGCUAGGACUAAAGAGUAUUGCUCUGUCUUUCAUGGUAAAAUCAGGGUGAAAAAGGUGAAGAAGCUCUAUCUGGCUCUUGCAUCUUCUCCUAUGCCAACGGGAAUCAUUACCCACUACAUGCGCCCUAUUAACAUGGCUCCUAGACUUAUUUCUGAAGAUUUUAUCAAGGGAUGGCAUAUGUGUCAACUUGAGAUCCAGGAAUGCAGAAAGGUUCCCUGGCCAACUCCUGCUAUACAGGACAAAUACCGUGUUGAAGAUUGUGGGUGGCCUUAUCAAGAUUUUGCCUACGAAUGCAAAAUCAACCUUCUUACUGGUCGUACACAUCAGAUUCGAGCUCAAUUUGCUGCGUGUAGAGCACCACUAAUUGGUGAUUCUAUGUAUAUGCCAGCUGCAAUUGCGGAUAUGAGUAAUCCUGGACUUAACCCAUUUGGAAAAUACAAGAGAGAUUUCAGUAGUGAGAGUGAGAAAGAAACGGCUGUUGUAAAUUGGAUUGCACAACAUGGAAAAGAGCCAGGUGUUGCAAUUGGCCUUCAAGCAUGUCAAAUUUCAUGGGAUGAUAACGAACACUUCUACGAAUCUGGUUCACCUUGGUGGAGGUGUUAAAAUGCUUGAAAUGUGUGCUAGUGUUGAGGAUAGGAAUUCACCUUUAUAGUUAUGUUUUCAUAGUGCCUCAGUUUUAUGCAGAAGCAGAUAUUCAAAAGGUGGUCGAGCGGCCACGAACCACUUGGUGCUGGUUUCUGCUUCAGGAGGGGUAAGGUUACAAUAUUUCCUAGAGGUUGUUGAGUGAAGACUUUGAGAUUUUCAGGUUUGAAAAGGGAAACCCAAAUAAAUGCAAAAGAGGAGGACUUCAUGCAGGGUUUUAAAAUGUGCAUGCUGUCAUUGUAGCACAUUUUCUAGCAGAGUAAAGUCUGAACAGGUAAGCUAGAGGAUAAGACAUUCACUGAUAAAGGAGUAUCUUUUGAGAAGAUAAUUUAGCUUUAUAUAUUUUACUAUGAGAUUGAAGAACUGAGAUAAUGACACAACUCAUUAGUAACAUGUGAUUAGGCCGUUAAUGUCUUAAGCUCACAUCAACCACAAAAUUGUUUGUAUUGUAUUUUGCCAAUCUCUGUAUCGUGCUGGGCCAGGAUGACUAUCAAUUGCUUUUACUAACGUGCUAAUGAUUUUAAAGUUCUUUCUCUUCAA